CUAGACUGCUCCCCCGGACUAGUCUUACUUUUCCAUUUCCUCCCACUCGCGAGGCGGAUGGGACGCCGGAGGUCGCAGGGCGCAUGCUCCACCAUCCCGAGCAUGCUCAGUAGUGCUCGCGGCGCCCCGGAGCUUCUCCAACGAGCGGCGGUCGACGCGGAGGUCUCCGCGGCAGCUGUGGGAGCAACAGGAAGUGAGGCGGCCCCGUCGGGUGACCGCGGCGGCACAAACAGAGGCGGAAGGGGCGCUGCGGCGCCGACGUCGUUGACCGGGGUGGCCGAGGGGGCCGAGAGCCGAGGGCACUCGCCGGCUGGGAAGCCGGAUCCCGAGCCGGGCAGGAUGGAUCAUCAUCAGCCAGGGACUGGCCGCUACCAGGUGCUUCACAAUGAGGAGGAUAAUUCAGAAUCAUCUCCUGUAGAGCAACCAUCAACAUCAAACCGAACACCUCAGGUUGUGCAGACUGCUCCUUCAGCCUCAGUACUGGAAACAGACUCUUCUCCUCCACCUUACAGUAGUAUUACUGUGGAAGUACCUACAACUUCAGAUACAGAAGUUUACAAUGAGUUUUAUCCUGUGCCACCUCCCUACAGUGUUGCUACCUCUCUUCCUACAUAUGACGAAGCUGAGAAGGCUAAAGCUGCUGCAAUGGCAGCUGCAGCAGCAGAAACAUCUCAAAGAAUUCAGGAGGAAGAAUGUCCACCAAGAGAUGACUUCAGUGAUGCAGACCAGCUCAGAGUGGGUAAUGAUGGGAUUUUCAUGCUGGCAUUUUUCAUGGCAUUUAUUUUCAACUGGCUUGGAUUUUGCUUAUCCUUCUGUAUCACCAAUACCAUAGCUGGAAGGUAUGGUGCUAUCUGUGGAUUUGGUCUUUCGUUGAUCAAAUGGAUCCUUAUUGUCAGGUUUUCUGAUUAUUUUACUGGAUAUUUCAAUGGACAGUAUUGGCUUUGGUGGAUAUUUCUUGUACUUGGUCUGCUUCUUUUCUUCAGAGGGUUUGUUAAUUAUCUAAAAGUCAGAAACAUGUCUGAAAGUAUGGCAGCUGCUCAUAGAACAAGAUACUUCUUCUUGCUAUAGAGACUGCAUCAGCUGGACAUUCCUUUCUUACACCAAUGUGAAAUUUCCAGAUCAUCGAAACCUACAACUUUAACAGGAUAGAAGACUACUAAUAACAAAAGCCAAAUUAGUGAAGAAAAGUUAGAGCUUCAAAGUGGAAUGACAGGGUGGUUCAUAUUUUAAAACCAUUUCUGCUCAUUCUCUUAAGUAUUUAUAUUUCAUUUGUUUUGCACAUUAGCAUAUGUGCCCAUUGAAAAGAUUUUCCUAUACUUGAAAGAAACAAAGUUGUAGCAGUAAAAUUCAGUCACAUUUGGUUAAUCAGUGUUUGAUAUAAUUGAAAGAGUUGAGUGGAAAAUGGUCUUCCAGCAUGUAGAUGCCAGUGACUUCUGAGCUGACAUUUAGUAUAAUAAAAAUGAAAUUAUUAACCAUGUC